UCUGCUGCAGCAGCAGUGGUCACUUUACACCAUCAGGGUGAACGUCUGGACAAGCACAACAAAAGAAGACUUCCUGGAGAAAUUUAACCUGCAUAAUCCCAUAAGAACAAAUCAUCUGCAGUAGACGCCAUGACCUCCACCGCCUCUAUGCGCAGCUUUUCAGUACGCCAGCCUUCCUUCUCCAGUAUGUCUGUGAGGGACACCGGACGCAGCCUCCGAUCCAAGGCUGCCAUCUCCUCUCUGUCUUCUGCCAACACCUUGUGCAUGCCCCGCUCUGUCUCGUUGGGUAACGGGCUGAACAUGCUGGGCAUCUCCCUCUCGUUCAAUGGUCUCGGCGUCAGUGCCAGCGAGAAGGAGACCAUGCAGUGCCUGAAUGAUCGUCUGGCUAACUACCUGGAGAAGGUGCGUUCUCUGGAGCGGUCCAAUUCGGAGCUGGAGGUUAACAUCAAGCAGCUUAUGAUGGAAAGAUCCCCAAAGGGUCACGACAUCGAGGCAAUGAUGGCUCAGGCGCACGCCAUCGGCCAAGAGGUGCGAAAGAAAACACUGGAGAAUGCCCGAAUCAUGCUGGAGAUUGAUAACGCCAAACUGGCAGCUGAUGAUUUCAGGGUCAAAUGGGAGGCAGAAGCCGCCUUGUGCCAGUCGGUGGAAAGAGACUGCCAGGCUCUGAAGAGGGCGAAGUCAGACCACGACCAGAUCAUCGCCACUCUCCGAGGGGAUCUGGACAGCCUGAAGGAGGAACUCUAUUUCCUGAAGAAGAAUCACGAUGAGGAGAUGAUCUCCCUGAAGGCGCGUAUGGCUAACGGCCAGGUGAACGUGGAGGUCGAUGCAGCCCAGGGUCCUGAAUUGGGAGCCAUGUUGGCUGAACUGAGGGUCCAGUAUGAGGGCAUCGCCCGCAAAAACAAGGAGGAGGCUGAAGCCUGGUACCUGAAGAAGCUAGAUACAGUGCAGUCAGAGGUCAAAGAGAGUAAUGAGGCAUUGCGUUGCGCCCAAACCGAGCUCAGUGAGAGACGUCGUUUCCUGCAGGCUCUGGAGGUUGAGCUUGACAGUCUGCGUAAGCAGGUGUCAGUUUUGGAGAGUAACCUGGCAGAGACUGGCCACAAAUACUCUGUGGAGAUGGACCGUCUCCAGGUGACUCUGACCCAGCUGGAGGAUGAGUUGUCUCAGCUACGUUUGGACAUGCAACGCAACAAGACUGAUUACGAACAACUGCUGCGCGUCAAACAGAAUCUGGAAAUGGAGAUCGCCACCUAUAGGAGGCUGCUGGAAGGAGAGGAAGUGGUGAAGGAAACACCUCCACCUCCUAAAAAAGAACGUGAUGUUCGCACCAGGAAGAUUGUAAAAGUGGUGACCCAGACUAUGGUCAAUGGCAAAGUGGUGGACGAGUCCAGUGAAGUGGAGCAGAUAGAGGAGCACAAAAAAUGAGUCCAAGCAAUUAGUUCUGGAAACAGAUACCUACUGGUUGUGGAUCAGGCCUUGUCAAGACCUAUUUUAUUUUUUUCCUGCUGUUGUCUCUGUUUUAAUUAAUACUUUCAAUUUGU